CCGGCCAAUUAGAGUGAAGUAUCAAAUCCGUCAUAUUGCCGUCAUUGCUGCAAAAAAUUCCGAAAAAAUAAUGGCGAAAAUUACCACAUGAAAAUGCUUCAAAAAACGCAAACACAAGUGAAAUAGUUGCAAGAAACUUGUUACAUAACUGAUAAGUUGAUCAGCUUGGCAGAUAAGUCUCGUUUUUUGUUUAUGUAGUUGAUAGAAGAAAAACCCGUAUUAUAAGCACAACAAACAGUUUUUUUUGGAUUGAAAAGUGUACUCGCCUUUAGUUUGUUUAAAAAUGAGUAACAUGGGUCAAUUCAAUAACAAGAACCCUCCAUGGGGCAGGGCUAACAACUCGCCAAACAUCGUGAACCAACCCAGCCCUUUGCAACAACAAAUCAUGAACCAAAGUGCCCUCAACAACAUGAAUACGUCCGGAAUGGUGCAGUUUCAACAGCAACACCAACAGCAGGUGUUCCAGAACGCCAUGGGCCUCCAGCAGCAGAACUUGGGGCUCGGGCUGCAACAAAUGGCGAACAACGCGAUGGGGGCAGGUUUAGGUUCGCAACUCGCAUCCAACCAAAUUUUCCAGCAAGUGGGCGCCGUUACCUACCCAAACCCCCGCGGUUUGAACCCCACUGCCUUCCAAACACAAAACAUCUCAGCUGUGCCCCCCGUCCAAAACAACUCAAACGUGGGGACAAAGCAGCGCGUUUUCACCGGGACUGUUACCAAAGUCCACGAUAACUUCGGUUUCGUCGACGAGGACGUGUUUUUUCAAAUAAAUGCGUGUGUUAAAGGGUCUAAUCCAACCGUGGGCGACCGUGUCUUGGUCGAAGCUUCGUACAAUCCCACCAUGCCUUUCAAGUGGAACGCUACCCGAAUUCAAGUUCUUCCAAUGUCUAAUCAGCCUUCUAACAGACAUUCGAAUAAUUCGAAAAAUUACAAUAACUCGAACGCUAAUACUUACAAUGCGGUUCCGCCACCGAAUGAUAAUUCAAAUGGGAAUUUUGGGCGGAAUCAGAGGCCUAAGGCCGUGAUGGGACGAGGCCGGGAGAGGUCGCGCGAUCGCGAAAGGGAUGACGAUGAAAUCGAGAGAAAAAGACGCAGGGAAGAACGGAUGCGAGAGCGUGAGAAAGAGGAGAAGAAAUCGCCGUUGAGGAGACGGUCGAGGUCGCCAAAGUCAAGGCGCCGAUCGCGGAUUGUGCCCCGUUACAUGGUGCAAAUACCGAAAAUUGCGCUAGAUUUAUCGGAGGCCGAUGUCUUGGAAAUCCGUCGCAGAUACGCGAACCUCUACAUCCCGUCUGACUUCUUUUACACUCACUUUAGAUGGGUUGAUGCCUUCCCGCCAGAUAAACCCUUCACUAUGAACAAACCUAGCUUUUUCCAUAUUAUGAAUAAGGAAGUCGAUCCUGUUGUUGAAAAUGACGCCGUUCUUGAGCCACCCGAUGCAGACUACCUCUUUUCGGCCAAAGUCAUGUUGAUGAGUAUGUCCGGUUUGGACGAACUUUACCAAAAAUGUUGUGCCAUGGCUGAAGACAAAGAUAAGAGAGAUCGGGAGAGUGAAGAGAGAGAUUUUGUACAUCCGGCCCGUUUGUUGAACUUUUUAGUGGGGCUGAGGGGUAAAAAUGAGACUAUGGCUAUUGGAGGACCAUGGAGUCCGUCUUUGGAUGGGGAGAAUCCAGAUAAGGAUCCGUCAGUUCUGAUUAAAACGGCUAUUCGUACCUGCAAAGCCCUCACUGGGAUUGAUUUGUCAAGUUGCACCCAAUGGUACCGGUUCGUGGAGCUGUAUUACCGGCGGAGCGAAUCGACCCACAAAGGCAGGGCCGUACCGGCGCGGGUCGAAACCGUGGUACUCUUUCUACCAGAUGUUUGGAGUUGCGUACCUACCCGUCUGGAGUGGGACGGCCUCCAUCAGAGCUACAGAAAGCAGCUGGAGCGCAGACUGAAAGCCGAUCUGGAAAUUGGCGGCGGCGGGGGCGGCAGUGGCAGCGGCGGCGGCGACGACACGCCACCGGCUGACGAAAAGGAAGAAGAACCACCAAGUGAUAAACUCGAACCGACUCACUACUCGCAGCUGGAUCCCAAAACUAUGGUCGUCAGUGCGCUACGAAACGAACUCAAAGCGAGAAAUAUCAACUCGAAGGGGUUAAAAUCACAGUUGGUGGCCCGUCUUGCCAAAGCCCUCAAAGUUGAAGCGGAAAAAGCUGAAGAUCCGACAAAGGAAAUCCAAACGGAAGUUGAUUACGAUAUAAGCGCCGAUGAGAAGAAAAUCGAAGCAGAGGAGAAGAAAUUGGAUGAAAAGGAGAAAGCUUUACUUGAAAAACGAUACACUUUGCCCGAACAACAACACAUUUUAGUACAUCCCUCUCGAACGGCUAAAUCGGGCAAAUUUGAUUGUACCAUAAUGUCGUUAUCGUUGUUACUAGACUACAGACCUGAAGAUACCAAAGAACAUUCGUUUGAAGUUUCGUUGUUUGCAGAGCUAUUCAAUGAAAUGCUAAUGCGAGAUUUUGGUUUCAACAUUUAUCGGGCUUUAUACGAACUACCCGAUAAAAUCAAAGAUGAGAAAAAGAAGCGUGACGAUGAGAAAAAGAGUGACGAUAAAAACAAGAAAGAAGACGAGAAGAAAAAAGACGAAGAGAAAUCUGAAGAGUCGGAGAAGAAAAAGAAGGACGAUAAAAAAUCAGACGAUAGUGAAGAGGACGAAGAAUACGACGACGAAGAAGGUAAAGACAAGAAGAAAGAUAAAGAAAAGAAGAAGAAGGAACGGGUUAAAAUGUUCACCAAAGACAAACACUUGUUAUUAUCGUUCAUUUAUUUCGACCAAACUCAUUGCGGUUACAUUUUCGAUAAAGACAUCGAAGAUCUUUUGUACACUUUGGGUUUGAAUUUAUCGCGUGCACAAGUGAGGAAACUUGUUGGUAAAGUCGUAACUCGUGAUUCUCUCCAUUAUCGUAAGUUAACCGACAAGCCAAAGGACAACAACGAGUUUAUUGUUAUCGACGAUUUGGAAAAAGAAACGAAUUUACAUGACCUGGCUGUGGGAAAUAAAAAAUUGUUGCCCGUUUUUGUCGGUGAAGUGAAAGUCAAUGGAUCUGAAAAUGAGGAGGCUCCAAAUCCUGAUGAUGGUUUGGUGACUUAUCGAGGUGCUUUAGUCGAUGUUGGUAAGUUAAUGUCGCAAUUGGAACGGAGCGAAAAAGCACGUCUUGAAACCGAAAGUCGCAUGGUUAGUUUGAAGAACGAAAAUAAUAAAUUAUCAGACAAGUACAACAAAUCUAAUAGUACCAUUAAAUAUUUGAACUCUGAUUUGAAAGAGUAUAAAGAAAAAUUGCGAACUACUGAGGAUGCACUUAGUAGAAUUACGGCGUACUCAAAAUUGUAUCAAACGACACUGCUUGAUAUUCGAGACAAAAUUGAUCCUGUCUUGAAGAGCACUUCAAAUAGCAGCAAGGAGGAAGUAGCAGUUAAGAAAGAUUGUGAAAAGGAUAAGAAGCACGACGAGUCGAAAACAAGAUGGGAGAAGGAAGUGAAGCAGGAAGAAGUGCAGGAAGUAGAACCAGUUGAGGCUAAAAAGGAGGCGUAGGGUGUGUUUUGUAUUUGUUGAAGUGCUUGAUCGUGUAGGAUUAAUAAAAUGUACGAAUUGACUCA